AUGAGCAACAAAGAAGGACACGGAGGCUUCAGGAAGAGGAAGCACGACACUUUCCCCCACGGCCAGCGGAGGGACGGGAAGGACGUGAACUCGGCGUCACCCGUGAUGGUGGCCUUCAAAGCAUUUCAGCAGGAACUUGAUGCCAGACAUGACAAAUACGAGAGACUUGUGAAGCUGAGCCGGGAUAUCACAGUGGAAAGUAAAAGGAUAAUCUUUCUGCUCCAUAGGAUUACAAGUGCUCCUGACAUGGAGGAGGUACUGGCGGAGUCGGAAGUGAAGCUGGACGCGGUCAGACAGAAGAUCCUGCAGGUGGCCCGGGAGCUGCUGGGGGAGGAGAUGCAUCAGUUCCACAGAGCCAUCACGACGGGACUACAGGAAUAUGUGGAGGCCGUCUCUUUUCAGCACUUUAUCAAAACACGAUCACUUAUCAGUAUGGAUGAAAUUAAUAAGCAGUUGGCAUUUACACCCGAAGAGAAUGGGAAAGAAAAUCAGACUCCCUCUCCCGAUGCCCAGGAUAAAGAGUUGGGUCCCUGGAGGCUGAGAAUCACGCCCGUGGACUACCUCCUGGGCGUGGCGGACCUGACGGGCGAGCUGAUGCGGAUGUGCAUCAACAGCGUGGGCAACGGCGACAUCGACACGCCCUUCGAGGUGAGCCAGUUCCUGCGCCAGGUGUACGACGGCUUCUCCUUCAUCGGCAACACCGGCCCCUACGAGGUGUCCAAGAAGCUCUACACCCUGAAGCAGAGCCUGGCCAAGGUGGAGAACGCCUGCUACGCCCUCAGAGUCCGCGGCUCGGAGAUCCCCAAGCACAUGCUGGCCGACGUCUUCUCCGUGAAGACGGAGAUGAUCGAUCAGGAGGAGGGCAUUUCUUAG